UGCCUCCUGGUGCCCGAGAGCCAGCGCUUUGAUUGCUACCCGGAGAGGCGCGUGGUGGUGACCCAGGAGCUCUGCGAGAGCCGGGGGUGCUGCUUCAUCGAGACCCCCCCGCCGGCGGGCGGCAAGCGAGGGGUGCCCUGGUGCUUCUACCCCCGCGACUUCCCCAGCUACACGCUGCAGAGCCUCAACCAGACCGCGCUGGGCAUGGUGGGCCUGCUGCUGCGGAGGGAGAAGACCUAUUACCCACGGGACAUCGAGAUGCUGCGGCUGGAUGUGGAGUUCGAGACGGACACGCGACUGCACCUGAAGAUAACCGAUGCUGCCAACCCUCGGUAUGAGGUUCCCCUCGAGGUUCCCCAGGCGAUGAAGAGAGCAGAAAAUCCCAUCUACAGCGUGGAGUUCUCCCGGGACCCCUUCGGGGUGCUGCUGCGGCGCAGGGCGACAGGCACGGUGCUGUAAGGCCCCUCCUUUGCNNNCUUGAUCUUUGCUGACCAGUUUCUCCAGAUUUCUACUGCCCUCCCAUCGCCGUUCCUCUACGGGCUGGGGGAGCAUCGCAGCAACCUCCUGCACAGCCUCAACUGGAGCACCCUGACGCUGUGGGCCCGGGAUGUCUCUCCCAUGGAAUCAUUCAACCUCUAUGGAGCUCACCCCUUUUACCUGGUGAUGGAGCAGGGUGGAGAUGCUCACGGUGUUUUCCUCCUCAACAGCAACGCGAUGGAGGUGGCUCUGCAGCCUGCCCCAGCCCUGACCUGGAGGACCAUUGGGGGUGUUUUGGAUUUUUACAUCUUCCUGGGGCCUGAUCCUAACAUGGUUAUCCAGCAGUACCAGCAGGUGAUAGGUUUCCCAGCCAUGCCGCCUCUCUGGGGACUAGGUUUCCACCUCUGCCGCUGGGGGUAUGGAUCAAGCAAUGAAACCUGGCAGACUGUGAAAGCCAUGAGGAAUUACCAGAUCCCACAGGACGCACAGUGGAAUGACAUUGAUUAUAUGGACGGAUACCGGGACUUCACCUUCGAUCCUGAGAAGUUUGCCUCCCUCCCCUCGCUGGUGGAAGACCUCCACAAACAUGGCCAGCGCUACGUUAUGAUUCUGGAUCCCGGUAUCAGCAGCACCAACCCUCACGGCUCCUACUGGCCUUUUGAUGAAGGCUUGAGACAGGGGUUGUUCAUAAACACCACCCAAGGGCAGCCACUAAUAGGACAGGUGUGGCCUGGCUUCACUGCGUUCGCAGACUUCUCCAACCAGGACACCCAUCAGUGGUGGCUGGAGAACCUGCAGCGUUUCCAUGCCCAGGUGCCCUUCGAUGGCCUCUGGAUCGACAUGAAUGAGCCAUCCAACUUCAUGGAUGGGUCUGAAGACGGCUGCCCCCCGGGAGACCUCGAUAACCCACCGUACGUGCCAGCUGUGCUGGGAGAUUCACUCUCCGCAAAGACGGUGUGCGCCUCGGCGAAGCAGAGUGCCUCGGUGCACUACAACCUCCACAAUCUCUACGGGCUGAUGGAAGCCAAAGCAACAGCAAGCGCCUUGGUCCAGAUCCGAGGGAAGCGCCCGCUCGUCAUCUCUCGCUCCACCUUCCCCAGCCAGGGCCGCUACUCAGGGCACUGGCUGGGUGACAACCAGAGCCAGUGGAAGGACAUGUAUUUCUCCAUCCCAGGGCUGCUGAGCUUCAGCCUCUUUGGGAUCCCGCUGGUCGGGGCGGACAUCUGCGGCUUCUCCGGCAGCACCUCGGAGGAGCUGUGUACCCGCUGGAUGCAGCUUGGCGCCUUCUACCCCUUUGCCCGGAACCACAACACUCAGAACGAGAAGGCCCAAGACCCAACGGUGUUCAGCCCUGCGGCACGGACAGCCAUGAAGGAUGUGCUGUUGACCCGCUACUCCCUGCUGCCCUUCCUCUACACGCUUUUCCACCGUGCCCACCUGCAAGGAGACACCGUUGCCCGGCCCCUGUUCUUUGAGUUCCCCCAGGAUGUGACCACUUAUGGGAUAGACAGGCAGUUCCUGUGGGGACGGAGCCUGCUGGUGACACCGGUGCUGGAGCCUGGGGCAGACUCAGUCAUGGGCUAUUUCCCCCGAGGCGUGUGGUACGACUUCUACACGGGCUCGUCCGUGAACAGCAGUGGGGAGAUGCUGAAGAUGUUGGCUCCUCUGGACCACCUCAACCUGCAUGUCCGGGAGGGUGCCAUCCUCCCCACCCAGAAACCUGGGAUCACCAGCGAGGCAAGCCGAGGGAACCCACUCCGCCUGAUCGUGGCCUUGUCCCAGAGUGCCACCGCCUGGGGUGACCUCUUCUGGGAUGAUGGCGAGAGCUUGGACACCUUUGAGCGGGGCAGCUAUUCCUAUCUGGUGUUCAACGUCACGCAGAACAUCUUCACCUCCACCGUCCUCCAUGCCAGUGCGGAGGCCACGUACGUCACCAUUGACACGCUGAGCAUCUUCGGCGUUCGGGAGCCCCCCAGCAAGGUCAUCCUAAACGGCCAGGAGAAGCCCUUCUCCUACUUGGACAACCAGGUCCUCACGGUGAGCGGCCUCGGCCUCGGCCUCAGUCAGGGCUUCUCCCUCCGGUGGCUGUGAGCACCGGGC